AUGGCGAAAUUAAAUUAUUCCAUCGAGAAGAAUGAGGAGAAGCCAGUUAAAGUUAUAAAUUUUACGAAAAUUAGUGUGGCCUUAACAUGUGUUUGGCCACCACCACCGAAUGCAACGAAAUUUGACAUCAUUUCAUUCAAAAUUUUGUGGUACAUGUGUUACUUGAGCAAUAUCUUAUUGUUGCUUCCAUUGCUAAGUUCAAUUUAUGAAUACCUUGAUGAUCCCGUGAUCUUAGCAAAAUCAGUUUGUCUUUGUUGUGCAGUUCUUCAAGUCACAAUCAAAAUGAUGGUAUGCUACAUCAGGCAAAAUUGCUUUCAGACCAACAGCAGCUGGCUGAUCGGAGAAAUUGACGAAGUGGAUCUGGCACCCAGCAUCCUACAGCUGACGGCACCUUCUCCGACGGUUAUCUUAUACAUCGCUAUCGCCAAGUAG